AAGCCCCCCAUACAGUGCUGUACAAAGAGGUAGUGGAUACAGUGCUGGGCAACACAGGAAGCAGCAAAUCUGGAGUAAAUAGUGCUAGCCACAGAAUAUCCUAAUUCCUGACCACAACCCCCAGAGUCUGUUCUCAGGCUGCCUGAUUGGCUUAAUGAUGACAAACACAAACAGGAAUCCGAUGACCGAGAAGAUCCUGGAUCUGACCCUGGAGGUCAACUACCUGCUGACUGGAGAGGAUUACAUCGUUAUGAAGAGAUCUGGUGAGUCCAUAAUACAGGGCAGAAUCCCUCGUGCGUCCGAUGGAUCCAGCAGGACCCAGAGCCCCAGCACGGUGCCUCCACCUCACUCACUGAUACAUGAGAGAAACAAUGAGCAGAAGGUCCUGAAACUGACCAAUCAGAUCAUCCACCUGCUGACUGGAGAGGUGUGGAAGUAUUUAGAAGGACACAAGGAACCUUACAAUUACUUAAUGAUGGACACUCACCAGCCUCUCAGCUCACUGGCAGAUGGCUCUCUAAACACAAGUGAAACGGAUGAUUUACCCAUCCAUGUUCUGUCAGCAAAUUAUGUGACUGAAGGUAGAGUCGCAGAUGAUCAGGCAGGAAAUUCUGUGACAUUUAAUGAACUAAAAAAGAGACCAAGUGAAUCUGUGAUAUCUGAAAUAGCUUUAUAUGAAGAAAGAAAUCUACCAGAUGGAGAGAUUUACUCAUUGAAAGAAUGUUCACAAACAAAAUCCACAUUACACACGGAAUAUCCAUCUACUCAUAUAAAGGAGGAACCAACCUCAUGUGAAGAAGGGGAUCUCACAGACACUGACAUGUAUACACCCAUAGAACACACAGAAUAUUCAUCUACUCAUAUUAAUGAUGAUCCAGUCUCAUGUGAAGAAGGGAAUCUCACAAACGCUGACAUGUAUACACUCAUAGAACAUAUACAUUAUCAAUCCACACCUACUAAGGAGGAACCAGCCUUAUGUGACAAAGGGAAUCUCACAGACACUGGCAUUAUUACACACGGAGAACAGACAGAGUAUCCAUCUUCUCAUCUUAAGGGGGAUCCAGUCUCAUGUAAUAAAAGGAAUCUCACAGAAACUGACAUUUAUAAACCUGCAGAACAUACACAGUAUCUAUCGACACAUAUUAAGGAGGAACCAGCCUUAUGUGACAAAGGAAACGUCACAGUCACUGACAUUUAUACACCCACAGAACUUACACAGACAGAAUGUCCAUUUACUCCUGUUAUGGAGGAUUCAGCCUUCUGUGAAGAAGGAAGUCAUAAAUCUAGGCAUAUUGCCCAUAAACGUAUUCAUAAUGGAGAGAAACCUUUCUCCUGCUCUGAGUGUGAGAAAUGUUUUAAUCUGAAAGGCAACUUAAAUAAACAUCUCAGGAUUCACACAGGAGAGAAACCAUUUUCAUGUUCUGAAUGUGGGAAAUGUUUCAGUCAUAAAUCAAGUCUUAAUGCCCAUGAACAGAUUCAUAGUAAGGAGAAUCCUUUCUCCUGCUCUGAGUGUGGGAAAUGUUUCAAGCUGAAAGGCAACUUAAAUAAACAUCUCAGGAUUCACACAGGAGAGAAACCAUUUUCAUGUUCUGAAUGUGGGAAAUGUUUCGCUCAAAAAUACAACUUUUAUACACAUCUCAGGAUUCACACAGGAGAAAAACCAUAUUCAUGUUCUGAAUGUGGGGAAUGUUUCAAUUAUAAAUCAAGGCUUCUUGCCCAUGAACAGAUUCAUCGUAAGGAGAAACCUUUCUCCUGCUCUGAGUGUGGGAAAUGUUUUAAUCUGAAAGGCAACUUAAAUAAGCAUCUCAUGAUUCACACAGGAGAGAAACCAUUUUCAUGUUCUGAAUGUGGGAAAUGUUUCAGUCAUAAAUCAAGUCUUAUUGCCCAUGAACAGAUUCAUCGUAAGGAGAAUCUUUUCUCCUGCUCUGAGUGUGGGAAAUGUUUCAAUCUGAAAGGCAACUUAAAUAAACAUCUCAGGAUUCACACAGGAGAGAAACCAUUUUCAUGUUCUGAAUGUGGGAAAUGUUUCACUCAAAAAUACAACUUUUAUACACAUCUCAGGAUUCACACAGGAGAAAAACCAUAUUCAUGUUCUGAAUGUGGGGAACAUUUCAAUCAUAAAUCAAAGCUUAUUGCCCAUGAACAGAUUCAUCGUAAGGAGAAACCUUUCUCCUGCUCUGAGUGUGGGAAAUGUUUUAAUCUGAAAGGCAACUUAAAUAAACAUUUAAUGAUUCACACAUGAGAGAAACCAUUUUCAUGUUCUGAAUGUGGGAAACGUUUCAGUCAUAAAAGAAACAUUAAUAGACACGUGAUGAUUCACAGAUGAGAAACCAUUUGCAUGUUCUGAAUGUGGGAAAU